AGGCUAAUUCUUGGAGGCAAGAAAAACCUCUUUUUGUCAGAUGGAUUUAAGAGAUGACAUUGUUUUGAGUCGAUUGAAAUGGCGUCUCCGUAUCAGACCGCAGGCGGAACCUUGAAACUGAAGGGAAUUGGUGACUUAUCGAGCAAAAAGAAGAAGAAAAAGAAGAAGGCUUUGGAACAGAUCAAGGAGCAGCUCUCGACAACAGUAGGGGCCGACGAUGAAGGCCAAGGAGAAACGAAACCCAAGAUUGACAGGAGAACGCCGGCCGAGAAAGCCUUCGCUAAGAUCCAGGAAAGGAGGCAAACAGAGCGCAUUUUGGAGAAAGCCCAGAAGAAACACAAAGACAGAGUCAAUGAAUUCAACAGCAAGCUGGACACCCUGACAGAACACUUUGACAUCCCUAAAGUCAGUUGGACCAAGUGAGAAGGCUUAUUACAAUCUCCAACAGGUAAAACGAACGAUUGGCGUGGUUACAGCAUUGCCAUGGUUACAGCAGAUUCAGGACUAUCUUUCUGUCAGCUUCAAAGCAGUGUUUCUUCAUUCGGAUCGGAUGCCGAUUUUUGUGUGUUUGCACUUCACGACAGCGGUCACAAAAUUGCAGGAUAGGUGUCGAUACUUUACUUAACCACUUAACGUCGGAUAACGUGUACAUAAAAAGGUUUUGCGGUAUUCGGAACAGAUGACUUAUACACACGAAACAAGUGAGGCCGGAAAUAUCAGGGUGUGCUACCCGCAGAUGACGGCCUAAACCCGUCUGGCAUCGAGGUUCGUGAAAAAAAUCCCGCACCUGGGUCUGGUGAAUGUCAAAAUAAUCCGGGCGCGAACUGGUUAAUAAUUAUUCUAGUCAUAAAUCCAACUUUACCUGCUGUCGACGAAAAUCCGUUAGUGGAACUGCAUUGGUCGGAAAACCCUCCCAGGUUUGACUGAAUUGUCUAGCGCCCUCCAUUGUCCUCGAGGAAAUGUGAUCAUGUGACCUGAUAUGGCUGGUUUCGUCAGCGGCAACAUACCAGAAAUAAACAUCGUGGCGGUUCCUUCAAACUUCAAAUGACAUUAAUUCGUGACGACAUUCUAUGUUGCAGCACUGGAAGGGUUAAGAAAAUACAGCAGCAAACAACCAUUGUACAAAAGUGGCACUUUUAUUUUAUUUUAUUUCAGAUAAUGUCGUGAUUAAUUUAAACUUUCUUUUAAACUUUAGUACAAGUGGUUAACUCUACAUAUUCUGUGAAAUUGUACUUGCAAAUCUAAAUUUGCUCAUUUUGAGGUACCCAUUUUUUUGUAACUUGUUUUAAGUGCUUCAGUUAAAUUAAUUCACAUUUUGGUCUUUAACACCAUUAUUUGCACUUGCAAUUUUUAAAUUCCAGUUUUAAAAUUGAAAAAAGAGAAAUGGAAAAGCAAAGUAUAGAGAUAGGUAAUUGAGGAAAAAGCCACAACAUAAUAAAGUUUAAGAAUUUUUGAAACAUUUGGAUAUUGAA